AUUCGGGUUCUGCAACAAUCUCCUUCUGGUUUUAUUUAUUUAUUUCGGAAAAGCCAGCAAGAAAAAUUGAUUGAUGCUGGUAGCAGGCUAUGGAGAUGCACUGACCAGAAGCAUUUUCAUAUAAAAGUAUAACCAUUCAUACUCACGAGCUCUGGUUAUGCUGUAGAGAUCAGUCAGGGAGGUUUCUGUGGCUAUUGUGAUUCAAGCAGGUCGUUUUUCAGUCAAGGGCAGGAAUUUAUUUUGAAUUUCUGUAGAUGAAUACAUAAAACUUAAGUAGUAGAAGCGGAAAAAAAACCAACAUUAGCUGCCCAAUUAUAGGUAAGAAGGUGACCUUCAAAAGAGCCACUGGAUGGAACAGUCUGGACAAGUGACCGUUGAAGCUAGGAUGCUUGAUUCAAAAGCAUCUCAUCUCCAGAAAGAAGAAAUGGCUGAGUUACUCUCUCUCCUUCCGCCUCUUGAGGGAAAACAUGUUGUGGAGAUAGGGAAAGGGAUUGGGCAUUUCGCAGAUAAAUUAGCCAAGCAGGCUGCUCAAGUUCUUGCUAUUGAUUUUACUGAGAGCAAGAUCCCUAAGAAUGAGUUCCUCAAUGGGCACUUCAACAAUGUCACGUUCAUGUGUGCUGAUGUUACUUCUCCUAACCUGGAUAUUUCACCAGGUUCUGUGGACUUGAUUUUCUUAAAUUGCCUACUAGCACAUCUCUCAGAUAAAGAGGUUGAGAAUCUGCCUGAAAGGAUGGUUAAAUGGUUGAAAGUUGGUGGUUUUCUCUUCCUAAGAGAGUCUUCUUUUCAUCAAUCGGGUGAUUUUCAAAGCAAAAACAACCCCACACGCUAUCGUGAACCAAGAUUUUAUACAAAGGUAUUUAAGGAAUGCUGUACGUGUGAUGAUUUUGGGAACUCCUUUGAACUGUCGCUUGUGACCUUCAAAUGCGUUGGGCCUCAUAUCUAUUGGCUAUGGAAAAAUGUUAAUUCACAGGAUGACAAGGGAUUUCAACGUUUCCUGGAUAAUGUGCAGUACAAGUGCAGGGGCAUCUUACGAUAUGAGCGCAUCUUUGGUGAAGGUUUUGUAAGCACUGGGGGACUUGAAACAACAAAGGAAUUUGUGGCUAAGUUGGAGCUUAAGCCCGGCCAGAAAGUCCUGGACGUAGGUUGUGGCAUUGGCGGAGGUGACUUCUACAUGGCUGAGGACUUUAAUGUUGAAGUUGUUGGCAUUGAUCUGUCAAUAAACAUGAUUUCCAUUGCCCUUGAUCGUGCCAUUGGACGCAAUUGCUUGGUUGAAUUUGAGGUUGCAGAUUGCACCAAGAAAACAUAUCCUGAUAGUACAUUUGAUGUGAUCUACAGUCGUGACACUAUUCUUCACAUACAAGACAAACCUGCAUUAUUUAGAUCUUUCUUCAAGUGGUUGAAGCCUGGAGGAAAAGUUCUAAUUAGUGAUUACUGCAAAAGAUCAGGACUUCCUUCACCUGAAUUUGAAGCAUAUAUUGGACAGAGAGGAUAUGAUUUGCAUGAUGUAGAGGCAUAUGGACAGAUGCUUAAAGAUGCUGGUUUUGAUGAGGUCAUUGCAGAGGACCGAACAGAUCAGUUCAUCAAAGUAUUGCAAAAGGAAAUGGAUUCUAUUGAGAAGGAAAAAGACAAAUUUAUUAGCGACUUUUCUGAAGAGGACUACAAAGAUAUAGUUGGUGGAUGGAAAUCAAAGCUGGUAAGGAGCUCGAUGGGUGAGCAGAGGUGGGGAUUGUUCAUUGCCAAGAAAAAAUUGAGCUAAUGAGAAAAGUUCCUCCCCAUGAAAAAGACUAUUUGUGGUCAAGUCUGGUAUUUCUAGUGCAAGCAAGUCAUUUAGCUUGGCUGAGUUUCAUGUCUGCUGGCCUUUAGUGUUGCCAUUCUAUAAUUAUCUCGAGUAGAAUAAAGUGGCAAAUCAGUUUACUGGUUUAUUUGUAGUGUAUGGCUCCAUGUUCUCCUUUCUCAAACCUGUGUAUUGACACUCACCAGUGCUGUCUGGUUAUCUUGGUCCUAUCAUCUAGUAAAAAUGAUGAAAACUGCUUCGGCCAUCCGUUCCAUUAAGAUUAUAUAUUAAGUUGUUUUAAA